UAGUCUUCUGUAAGAGAAGAAUCGGCUUCCUACAGCUCGGUCGGUCGGGUCGAGUCGGCUUGGUGUGACGGUAUGGACUAUAUUAUAUACAGUCAUUGGAGAGUCUCGUUUCUCCAUCCGCAGUUGAUGCAUUUUUGUUUCGGAGUCGGGGCUAAAUUAUCGCCGAUAAAUAUGCCUCAAAAGUGUUGAAUACAAGCGCGUAUCGCGGACGUUGACGGUCAAGUUGUGUGUGCUGUGAUAAUUGUUGGUUUAAAGAGUUGGUUAAAAUCUGAGAGCUGAAGAAAAUGGACCAGGCACCGGCAGAUACCGAACUGCGUAACAUCAUUGACAAGUUGGCACAGUUCGUGGCAAGAAAUGGACCAGAAUUUGAGCAAAUGACAAAAAAUAAGCAAAAAGACAACCCCAAGUUUAGCUUCUUGUUUGGUGGCGAAUAUUUCAACUACUACCAAUACAAAGUCACCACAGAACAAGCCAUUUUAAAGCAAAAAGGAAUAAAUCAAAUGCAAAAUGCAGAUCCACGUUUGAACGUUUCACAGCAAGCACCAGUUGCAGUCAAUAAUGUUGGUAUGGCCCAGAACAAUGGCCUUAAUCCAAUGAACAUGGGUCCUAGUGGGAAUCCCGCCAUGGUAAACUCUGGAGCCCCUCACCCAGGACCUGGUAACCAUACAAAUGCUGCACCAGGUCACAUGCCUAACAUGCAUCAAAAUUCUGGCCCUGGACACCAUCCUGGACCUGGACCUGGACCUGGACCUGGGACACAAAAUUCUAUUAACAGAUCAUCGGGUUGGCUUCAAAAUGAGUUAGCUAAUCUUCAGACUCAACAAACAACUCUGCAAGAUCAAGUGAGACAGUCAGAACAAAACUUGGCAGCACAGCAUGCUGCUUUAAUGGCACAACAGCAGGGUCGUGUUGAGGAUGCUGUUAGACAAGCUCAGGAGAGCAAUUUGCAAAAUAAUGCCCAGACGACUAAUACAGAUUUAACUGGCUUUGAUACUGUACUGCAGCCAAUCAUCGACAGUUGUACAAAAGAUAGCAUUAGUGCUGGAAAAGCCUGGAUAUUGUUAAAUUCCACAACUUUGGAAAGCAAUCAAGUAAUUGCAGAACAUUUACUGAAAAGAGUUAUUCAAGAAACGGUUUUUAAUCAUAAACUUCAUAUUAUUUAUCUCGUAAAUGAUGUGUUGCAUCAUUGUGCUCGAAAAAAAUCAUUGGACUUAAGAAAAGCUAUGGAAAGUGUUGUUGUACCAAUGUUUUGUAAUGCAUCAUUAGCAGCCUCAGAAGAUCAAAUAAAUAAAUUGAAUAAGCUUUUAAGUUUGUGGGAGUCAAAGAAUAAUUAUUUUGAAGAAGGCAUUAUAGAUAAAUUGAAGAAUCCAAGUGCUUCCUGGGCAGAUUACCAAGCUAGCGUGAUGUCUCAACAUGCCAAUGCGAUUACCACGAUCACUUCGACAACCAAGCAGACAUUUGAUAAUUAUCAAGCCCAACAUCAAGCUUUCGUUAAUCAUGCAUUAAGACAAAUACAAAAUAUUGAACAGCAAAAGAUUGUAAUCGAUAGACAACUAAAAGCACCACCCCCUGCGCCCAUGGAGCAAAAAAAUGUACCUCCACCACCACAUUCUGGACAUCAGGGACCACCACCAGGACCGCACCCUGAUCGAGGCUCGCACUUUGGAGGUAUGCAACCGGAUGAUCUAGGACCGCGCUUUGGUAGUGUGCACAGAGAUGACAGACCGCAAAUGUACGAAGCUCAGCACAGAGAAGAUAGAUUUAGUAAUAUGCAGUUUGAUGACCGACCACCUCGUGAUGAUCGCAACCAACCCUACGGACCACCUGACGACAGAAGGCCACCCUACGGGGGUCCUCAUGACGACAGGUUCGAUGACAGAGGGUCACACUACAUGCCUCGAUCACAUGAUAUGGAUCGGCCACACUCAUACGGUGGUCCACCGCACGACGAUCGAGGCCAACCCUACGGAUAUUCAGAUCGGCCUCACUCAUUCGCUGGUCCGCCAAGAUGCCCUCCUUCGGCUGGUCCGCAUCAAGGACCACCUCCCUACCCGCCCUAUAGAGGUCAUAUUUCAUCAAGGGAACUAAACUCUGAUAUGGGUCCUCACGACGAUCCAAUAGGACACGGUGGUAUGCCUCCUGACUAUCCGCCUCAUAGAGGUCAUAUGCCACAUGGUCCACCAAGGGAACACAAUAAUGAAAUGGGCCCUCGCGAUGAUCCAAUGGGACACGGUGGAAUGCCUCCUGAUUAUCCACCCCAUAGAGGUCAUAUGCCACAUGGUCCACCAAGGGAACUUAAUAAUGAAAUGGGCCCUCGCGAUGAUCCAAUGGGACACGGUGGAAUGCCUCCUGAUUAUCCGCCCCACAGAGGUCAUAUGCCACAUGGUCCAUCAAGAGAACACAAUACUGACAUGGGCCCUCACGGCGAUCCAAUGGGACACGGUGGCCCACCAAUGUCAGGCCCACCAAUGUCAGGUCCACCAAUGUCAGGCCCACCUGGUCAUGGUGGCCCUCCCCGUGGCCCACAUGGAGGUCCUAUGGGCGGUGACCCGAAUUUUAGCCAACCACCACCUGGCUGGAACAUGCCACCUGGUGGUGGUGUUAGUGGCGGUAUCGGUGGUCCUCCGGGGGGUCCUGAAUCAUUCACUCAUCUGCCUUUACCUGACUUAUCGAAACCACCACCGGGCUUUGGUAUGCCUUCAGGCCCACCUCCGCUAAUGUCCCAAGAAAUUUGUUUGGACGACUUGAUGCCUAGCAUGCCUUACUUCGAACUUCCUGCUGGGCUUAUGGUACCUCUUAUCAAGCUUGAAGAUUGUGAGUACAAGAGUUUGAAUGCAGAUGCCAUCAGGCUUCCACCACCAGCACCGCCAAGUGAUAGGCUUAUUGCCGCUGUCGAAGCAUUCUAUGCAUUACCUAAUCACGAUUCGCCAAGAGACAGUGAUGGUUGGGAGAAGCUUGGUUUAUACGAAUACUACAGAGCCAAGAACGCAGCACGAAAGCGCAAGGAAGAUGACAUACACUGUGGGCUCAGGCCAAAGUCCAGAUCGCCAUCGCCGAUAAUAAGACCCCGUUCGAAAAGCCUAAGUCCACCAAAGAAACGAUACAGAAGCAAAUCACGAAGUCGAUCGAGGUCUAAAUCUCGAGAGAGGCCGAAAAGUAGAUCAAGAACGCCACCGCCAACGCCUAAUCACCGACGAAAUAAUCGUUCGAAUCACAAUAAUCGGAAUCGCAGAAGGCGAAAUAGUGGUAAAGGUGAUCAAAUGCAACAACAACAGCAGCAUCAGCCACCACCCACGCCAGACAGAAGGCUCGAGCGAUCAGAAAGGAGUCCGACACCUCCUAGUUUCCUAGGGUCGAUGUACAGCAAAGCUAAUCAAGAAAUGUCUCUUGAUGAGAGCAAUAAAGGCCACCAGCUGCUACGUAAAAUGGGUUGGGGUGGUGCCGGUCUCGGUGCAAACGAGCAAGGCAUCGAAGCUCCGAUAUCGGGUGGUGAAGUGCGCGAUCGAACCGAUCAAUAUAAAGGCGUGGGUAUAAAUCUUAAUGAUCCAUAUGAAAACUUCCGUAAAAGUAAAGGUCAAGCCUUUAUUACGCGAAUGAAGGCGAGGGCCGAGGAACGUGCCGAGGAAAGGGGGGACAGAAUAAAAGAUCCAGAUAGUAAACCAGUGUAAAUCGAAAGACAAUUUCUUUUUUUUUUUUUUAAGUUCGAAUCGUGUGCGCAUUUACCUUCUCGCAAAACAAAUCAUACAGAAAGGCGUGUAUGGAAGUGUUAUGAUUGAAUGUUUUUGAGAUUAAAAACUGUUAAAUAAUUAUUGUAAAAUCGUGAAAAAUGUCACUUUUGUAUGUCUGCAUGCGAGAUAUUAUGUUAUUAAGAAUUUUUUAAUAUUUGAAAUCUUGAAUGUAUAUUUGGUAAGUUCUAUUUGAAUUGUAAGAGUAAAAUGUUUGAAUUAACAUUGAUUGACAUGUGCGUGAGAUUUUCAAAAUCGACUGUAGGCAUAGACUUUUUGGUUUUUACGAUGAUGAAGGGAAAAACGCUUUCCUAUUGAUUAAUUUUUUAACCAAUUAAUCAUUUAAUCAUGGUUAAAACACUCUAAAACCUCAGAAAAAAAAGGUAUCGAGCCAAUGAACUGUGCAGAAACUUGAAUUUGUAUCUAUAGUUUUAGCGAUAACUGAUAAAAUGUAACAAUAAAUCCGAAAACUUCUUUAUAAGAAUUUUUUUUAUUCAAAAUUCUUAAUCCUAUCGAGUAGCA